AUGAAAAGAUAGAGAGCACUUGACAAGUGCUUGUCACAGGGUCCACCGUUAACUGCCAAGUUGUGCGAGUGGUAAACGGAGGGAGCAGAAAGUAGAGAGGAGCGAGCUGGGCUCUUUCCCUCACCAGCGACGGGAUUACAAACUCAUUACGGACUCCGUAGGGCGUGGGAUACUCGAUGCGCUCUCUGGUUAAACAUUUCCAAGAAAGCGAGUUGCUCUGGCUCUCCCCCCCGCGUCUCCCCUGGUCCUCCGCCACAUGGGAAAAAUCCUUAAAAUGAUGGAGGACAACAAACAGUUGGCUCAAAGGAUUGAUGGGGCCAUCCAGUCUGCCAGUCGGGAAGUGACAAACUUGCGCUCCGAGCUCUCUGCCACCAGCCGCAGGCUAGCGGAGCUGGGCGCCAGCAGCCCGCCUGCCUUGGAGAACCACCACCAGCACAACCACCACGAUGACAGCCUCCAAUACCAGGAUCCAUCAAUGCACCACAGGCAAAAGGCGGCGGUGAAAGACAUGUGCUACCCAGCAGAGAUAUCCAGCUUGAUGGACUACAGCACUCCGGAUUCCUCGCUCGGCAAAGUGCUGUUGCGUGAGGAGGUGGUCCAGCUUCAGGAGGAGGUGCACCUGCUGAGACAGAUGAAGGACAUGCUGAGUAAGGACCUGGAGGAGACCCAGGGUGGCCGCUCUGCCAAUGUGCUCUCUGCUACCGAGCUCCGAGUCCAGCUGGGCGAAAAGGAGCAGGAGCUGGACCGGGCCAAGGAGGCAUUGCAAGCGAUGAAAGCCGAUCGUAAGCGUCUGAAGGUGGAGAAGGCGGACCUGGUGAAUCAGAUGCAGCAGCUGUACGCCACACUUGAGAGCAGAGAGGAACAGCUGCGAGACUUCAUACGUAACUACGACCAGCACCGAAAGGAAAGUGAGGAUGCAGUGAAAGCCCUGGCAAAGGAGAAGGACAUGCUGGAGAGGGAGAAGUGGGACCUGAGGAGGCAGACCAAAGAGGCCACGGAGCAGGCCAACAUCCUGCGCUCUCACCUGGACAUGAAGGAGAACCGAAUCAAAGAGCUGGAGGCCGAGCUCACCAUGGCGAAGCAGUCUCUUGCCACCCUGACCAAGGAUGUGCCGAAGCGUCACUCCCUGGCCAUGCCCUCAGAGCCCGUGGUGAACGGCAGUCAGGAGUGGGUGAUGCAGGCUGACCUGCCGCUCACAGCAGCCAUCCGUCAGAGCCAACAGACCCUCUACCACGGACACACUACAGACAGACAGGCUGUGGUCAGGCUCAGUCCCUGCCACUCACGCCAGCCCUCUGUCAUCUCUGACGCCUCGGCGGCAGACGGGGACCGCUCCUCCACGCCCAGCGACAUCAACUCCCCUCGCCACCGGACCCACUCCCUCUGCAAUCUAAUCAUCGCUUCUCCCUUCUUUUGCCUGGUGCAGUCCAUGGAGGACCUGGAGGACCAGAAGCGUAAAAAAAAGAAGGAUAAGAUGACUCUGGGAUCACUGUCACGGGUCUUCACCCGGGGGAAGCAGCGCAAGUCCCUGGACCCGGGCCUGUUUGAUGGUACAACUACCCCUGAUUAUUACAUAGAGGAGGAUGCCGACUGGUGAUGCUCUGUGUGUGUGUGUGUGUGUGUGUGUGUGUGUGUGUGUGUGUGUGUGUGUGUGCGUGCGUGCGUGCGUGUGUGCGUGUGCAAGUGCAAAGAGUAUUUUGGCUUGAGAAAGAUGGGAGACGAGGGGAAGUGUAUACGCAUGAGUGUAUGUGUGAGUAUCUGUGUGCAUGUGUGUGUGUGCGUGUACGAAUGUGUGCAUGUGUCCCAAAAUCAAACCCCCCGAGAAAGACUGCUAUCCCCAGAAAUGUAUAUUAUCAUCAAAAUGUAUGUUUGUAAAUUAGAUAUAUAUUUAUAGAUGUACAUGUAUGCAUAUGUAUAUAUGUUUACAUGCAUAUAAAUAUAUACAUGGGGUUAUAAUGUGUAGACAUGUUUAUGCUGUAUCUUUCAAAUGUCUUAAUGUACUUUUUAUAUAACUGGAGACUUGAAGGACUGCUGUGCAUAUGUAAAUAGGAGUUAUUGUG